CCCAAACGGCAGUCAUAGCCAUGCAGUGCUCCGCCGAAUGACAAUCCCUGAGCUUGUCUCUUUCCAUCUGCUAUAAGUAUCCUUGCUCGACGGCACUCUUCUCUUCGAACAGCCUCUCGUCGACGUCUCUGAUCUUGGACGAAAAAAUCUCUGUGAUUAAGUACUUGUCCGCUCUGGAGCAUCGUCCUCUCAGAUCCUCAACUCGGUCGGCCUAUUCGCGUGUCGCGUCUGGAUCUCAACUUCCGACACUCUAGCACCUUCCAAAUAAGACUUCUUGCCAAAGACACCGCGCUCGGAGUACUACUGCGUUCGAAGUAUGACACACCAUCCCGAAACUUGGACCUUCAACCCCUCCUGGGACCACUCACAGCAAAGCCAUGGGGAAUACGACUACUCCAGCCAGAGUAGUGACCUUCCCUCUCACCAGUUCAACAAUUCCGAUCUUUCCGCUGGAACGCCACACGGAGCUACCAGUUACCCUCCCUCUUUGUCUUCGCAACCAUUUAUGCCUAGCCAGCAAUUGCUCUCAAACGAGCAUUAUCCUUUGUAUCCCCCUCAAGGCGGCGACCCGCACGUCUCGCAAGUAUUUACUGUCCAACCUCCGUCCCAAUCGGGAUAUUUCCCCCAGCCUUCACAUCACGAUGCUUCACAACAGGUACAACAUCCUUCACAUGCCGGCACUGUAAACGCCCGCGCCGGAACCCUUCAUGUCUCUCCUCCCACAUCAUCAUCUUUUGAGGUCUCUCAAUCAUUCGUCUCCUCUCCCGACUCGCUCCCCCGCACUUCACCCCCCUCCUCCUCGAACCGUAAUUUCAGUUUCGGGACGUCUGCUCCUGAGGAAGACAGGGACAGGGCAGGCGCCCAGAAGACAAGACGCCCCAGUCGUUCUCCUGGAAGAAGGGGCAACGUCACUGAUAACGCCGCAUCGCACCACAGCAAGCGCCCGAGAGCUUCUCCAGAAUCGGAUGAGGAGGCGAACGCCCAGGCUGAAGAGGCGCCGCAAUUGAAGCGUGCAUGUGCACGGUGCAAAGGUCUAAAGGUCCGUUGUGAGUUCAGAGAUGAUCAGGAAACUUGUGAACGGUGUUUGAAAGGCCCACACGAGUGCUCCAUCCCAGGAAAGAAGAUUAGGCGCCCGCCUCCUAAAAGAGCAGACUUGCUCAGUCAAAUUCAGAAGCAGGCCUCUCAGAUCGCUCAGCUCAUGGGUCAACUUGAACAGGUCCAAAAGGGUGGCCGUAAACCACCGACCACCUCUCAGAGCGUACCUUCACCUGACAGCCGGACUCAGGCAACUUCUCCCGUCGACUCUACCAAUGCAUCUACCUCAGCAAGGAGCAUGACCUCCCCUAGCGCGUCUGCUGCGUACCAAUUAUCUACACAAGGUCCUGAAGUCACUCGUCAGAAUUCAGAAUGGAUUGCUGAAGCACGGAAGAAGUUGGAGGCUUUCGGUGGGUUCAUCGGGAUGGGCGGGGGAAGCAUGCGAAGGGAUGUUUUCGUUCAUUCUGACCCGGAGGAUUCGUCGAGUGAGGAUGACGGACAAUAUGACAUCGCGGUGAAUGUCAGGGACGACGACGACAACACGAAUAGACCGAUGUCGAGUAUACCGACAGAGGCGAGCCCCUUCGGACUAAUGGCCAAGUUGAGUAUCAAGAAUACUAAAGGUAGACGGGCUAGCAGCGUUAUUAGCUCGGACCACGGCGACGUUGGCGUCGCUAACGAAGAUUUCUUCCGACCAAUGCCUGGUCCCGACCUCAUGGGCCUCAGUUUGCAUGGUCAUGAGCCUCCAGCUCUCCUCAAGAAAGGUAUCAUUACCAUCGCUGAGGCGGAGAAGUUGUUCAAUAUAUAUUUUGAUUGGAUGAACAUUUCUUUAUCACUUUUGGAUCCCGUUCUCUACACUGCUCAGCAAGUCUACUGGAGAAGCCCAUUCUUAUUUACCGUCAUCUGUGCUAUUGCCUCAAGAUAUUAUGACGAACGCCCUGAUCUCUACCCCACCGCCAUCGAAUACGCCAACCAAGAAGCGGGCGCAAACUUCAUCGGCGGCCAAAAACGCGUCGAGGUAGUCCAAGCUUACAUUCUCCUUUCUCUUUAUCCCGUUCCCGGCCGACGCUGGGACGAAGACCGGUGUUGGAUUUACCUCGGUCAGGCGAUCCGCAUGGCGCUCGAUAUGAAUCUCCAUCAUCCUAACACAGCAAAACCGAGGAACGAGGCGCAUGCCAGGGAAAUGCUGAACCGGACGAGGGCGUGGUUGAAUUGCGUCAAUUUGGAUCGGUCGAUGGGGAGUCAGUAUGGGAAGGCGGCGGUCAUUAGGAAUACGGAUUAUGUGGCGGUACAGUCGGGGACGUGGUGGAAUAGCUCGGAGUACAAUAUGGAGUAUUUUGAUAUCCAUAUCUCUGCAUACAAUGCCGAGUUGAGAAUGAUGACCGAUUUCUUGGCCCAAGUGUUCAGUGAUCCUCGUCACCCUGCAGGUCUCAACAAAGACAUCGACCUUGAGCAGUUAGCUACAGAGACCGACGACAGGCUCGAAAACCUUCGUCACCAAUGGUUCUCCAUAUUCGAACGGAGUGAUCUGAACAAUGUCCAGAAUCGCUUCCGUAUUGGACUCCUUAAGCUCGCCUACAGUUACGCUCGGCUGGUGGCCCUUUCAUAUGGAUUCCAACAUGCGUUUGGGAAGAGUGACGCUGAGGAUAACCCUUUUCUGACCCGGUGCAUUCGAGCAGCAUCCGACGUGAUAGGCGCCAUGGUAGACGACGUUGGCAUACCUUCACAGAGAAUAUACAUCCGCCAUGGCCCUAUGGCUCAAAUCGUCUUCGUCACAUUCGCUGCCACAUUUUUGGUGAAGCUCCUACAACCCAAGUAUGCUCGCCACAUCGGUCCCAGCCUCCGCGAAAGCAUAAUCAGUCAAGUCCAACGCACCGCGGACUUCCUCGGCUCUCCCGAAGUCGCUAUCGACGAACGUCACGGGCCCAAGCUCUACUCUCGCUUCAUCGGAGGACUUCUCGCCAACGUCAAAGAACAGCGCGCUAGCAGCACCUCACCGAAACAUAUCAGCCAUCGAAAGUCGACGCGUAAACUCAAGACGAGCCCGAGAACGUCUGAGCACGACCGCUCGCAGUUGGCGCCGGCACCGCUGUCAAAUCAACCUUCGCCGCACUCAAACACGCAGAACUUUUGUUCUAUGCCGCCACAGCAUCAGUCCGUGCCGCAAUCCUUGCCACAGUCGCACAGCCAAGCGCAAUCCUCGGCAAAUCCAUACGGCAACGUGGUCAUGGGCACAACGACUUUCGACCCGUACACGAUGGACAUGAAUCAGUACCAGAACAUGAACUCGCUUGCUAUGGGACAGGAUCACACUGGUGGCCAUGGAUCUGCAUACGACUCCAGCGGUUUGGGGAUGCAGAUGGAGUUCUUCCGCCAGCCUCUGCCCUUUGAUCCCGAGCUCCUGCAGUCGAUGCAGUCGUCGUUGACGGAACUAGAUGCUACGACAAUGCCAGGAUAUUCAUGGAUAGAACAGAUGCCUUCGCUCGAACAACAACACCAGCAUGCGUCGAGAAUGUCGAGUGGCAUCCAGUAUUGACGACAAUCAUGACACCGGGUUUUCUGGGUAUUUCUCUUAUUACGUUCCAAUGAAUUUUCUACAGCCUGUCGCCUCCUGCACAUUAAUCCGGAUACUUACACUAUUCAUUCCGGUCUCUAUCUUAUAUUCUGUCUGAGGUGUGUAUACGUACGAAUCUCCCCGGACAGAAAGGGCUCCAUCGUUUGUUUUUUCGUUGCCAGAAUUGCUACCGCACUAGUGAUGCAUCUGCGUAUUGUUACUAUCUUUCUGGACUGGCGACCGUCUCUGAACACGGGGGGACGGUGACGACUGGUGCGAGUACCUUGUGUUACUAUCUUUCUCCUUUACUGUGAUCAUGCUUUGCCUGCUUCUCUUCAACUUUCUUUCUUCCUUCUUGUGGAAUACUGUACCUUAUUAACCCGGCGUCUCCUUCGAAAGGGGCCUGUAGUAUCGGUUUGCAUCAUGGUUCUGUCACUAAAACAUAUAAUUUAGGCUGGUACUCGACAGGUAAUAUUCGUGUUUAUGAUUUGAUGACCGUGCUUUUGGCGUAAAUAUUUGCACAUUUUAAGCGCCCCAAGUGGCGCGCCACAAUUCCCUGACUCCUGCUUCCACGCCUAAUUUCUCUUCAACCAUUAGUAUACCUUCAUCUAGUCUCCAUUCGCUCUUUCGUUCUGUUCACCUCUAUAGUAUUCAC